AUGGCCGACGAACUGGCUCCUCCGCGCAAGAGCAUCGAGCUGGAGGACUCUGGCACGAAGGACUUGGCCGCAGAGUCGUCUGGUGACGAACACUUCUCCGACGCUUCUGAAGGGCGCCCUGGACAGCCCGACCGAUCUAAUGCCACCUCACCCAUCCCUGUGACCCGUGUGGAACGUGUCGAUGAUGAGCCCAGCUACGGUGAGGUUCCAGGCACCGACGCCUACGAGAAACGCACCCAGGAUGCAGUGCCAGAUGAGGUAGAGAUUGUUCCGGAAGGGCAGCGCAGCCGCAGUGCUUCUAGGGUCAGCAUAAGUGACCGUCCGUAUACCCCAGGAGGCACCCAGAUUCCCAAGACCGUGGUGGAGAAAAUCGACCCAGACGCACCUAGCCACGGUGAUGUUCCCGGCACUUUGGCCCAUGAUCUCCGUGCUGCAGACGCUGUCCCUGACAUUGUGCUGAAAGCGCCGCAGCCUCCAGAUCAGAAACCCGAGGAAGGGACGCCAACCGCCUCCAUAAGCAGAUCUCCCAUGAGCUCCGACAACGAAGACGACGACCCCGACGACCAAGAUGCCUCUGCGGUUGAGCACGAUGUUACGGAAGGCGAUGGUGCUGCGGAGGAUGACGACGGGUUUGGCGACGAUUUCGACGACUUUGAGGAGGGCGGGGAAGGGGACGAUUUUGGGGAUUUCGAUGAUGGGUUUCAGCAAGGCGAGGAAGACACCGAGACUACAUUUGACAAACCCCCAGAACAGCCUUCUAUACCCGCCCCUUCUCUGGGCCCUCCUGUCCUUGAGUUCGAAGACCUCACCACCCUUGAAGAUAUUGCCAUUGCCACACAACCUUACAUUGAUGAUAUAUACCCGUCUCUGAAAGAGAUACCCAGCAUUGCUACGAACCAAGCCGCACUCCGAUCGAUAUUUCUGUCGGAGCGAAGCGAAUCAUUAUGGUCGCAGCUCGUUGCACCACCGCCACUACAACCUCCAGACUGGGUCCGUUCGCGGAUUCGGCGACUGUUCCUGGUGUCGCUAGGGGUACCUGUCGACCUCGACGAGAUUUUACCAGCAUCCAAACAGAAGAAAUUAGUGCUACCAUCCAUACACAUCCCUGGCGAGAAGUCGCCGAGACCUUCAGCAGACAGUCGGAACGGGGCUCUGGGAAGGGUGAAGAAGGAGAAUGCCUCCUCAACGUCGGUAGAUUCGUCAGCAUCAAAAUCUGGGAAACGCAAAGGACCACCUCCGCCGCCCCAGUUAGACAUCAGCUCGACGACCAUGCUCUGCUCCACGACGGAUGCUGCGCUUGGGAACUUCACCGACGAAGAAUUGCAGGCGCACGUGAAACAUUUGGAAGAACUCAAAGAGCGUGCCAACGAGGUGUUUGAGUACUGGCAGAAGCGUAUGGAGAGUGCAUUGGGUGACAAGGACGCUUUCGAGCAGGUUAUCGAGAGCUUGGUCGCCCACGCCAAGAAGCUGAGGUGA